CGCGAUAAAAAAUGACACGAGCACUAGUUACAAUUGGUUGCUAAGCGCUAGAAAUACAAAAUGGUCACGUCCAACAAUAAACAUUAAACUAUAGAAAGACCUUAACUAUUUUUAAAUGCCAAUUAAAAAAGAUUCGAAAUCAGAAAACCAACAAUGGAAGAAAUGGGAUCUUAAGGCACAAAAGACUGGCCUUCAUCAUACUGUAUACUUAGCAAAUGGUGAUAAGUAUACAGGUGAAUGGAAAAAUAAUUUACGACAUGGCAAGGGAACACAGUAUUGGCAAAAAACAGGUGCUUUUUAUGAUGGUGACUGGGAAAAUGACAUGAGACAUGGGCAUGGUACUUUUAGUCUUCCAUUUCAAAAUAAGGAGUUGCAAAAAGUUUAUGAAGGUGGAUGGAGUAAUGAUAAAAAGCAUGGUUAUGGAACUUACUUCUAUGGUCCUGAAAGUUAUUAUGAAGGGGAAUGGUAUAAAGGAUUGCGAAGUGGAUGGGGAAGAAUGUAUUAUCCCGAUAAAACUGUGUAUGAAGGUGAAUGGAAAAAUGAUAUGAGAAAUGGAAUGGGUAUGUUGAGGCUAGCUAACGAAAAUCGUUAUGAAGGAGAAUGGAAAAAUGAUAAAAAACAUGGAGACGGUAAAUUUUAUCAUUUGGACCGAGGUCACCUUUUUAUCGGAACUUGGUUUGAAGGAAUAUGUAAAUGUGGAACGAUGGAAGAUUUUAAUCGAGAAAAUGCUGUUCAGGUUACCCGUUAUCUUAUACCUCAGUUGAUGUUGAAAAAUGCAGACGAUGUUCUCCGUAAAAACAAACUCGCCAUGACCGAAACCUCAGAGUAGAAGAAUAGAAUUUUGAAAUCCAUCAAAGUGAAAGUUUUUUUUAUUAAAUGUACUUUAGGACUUAUAAAAUAUGAUAAUUAAGUUAUUGAUCAUAUUUUCUAUUAUUA